AUGUCCAAAAGCCGAUCCUUGUACGUCAGGUACCAGGCCGAGUGUGAACAGGCAUUCCCUGCCACUAUCGAGUUCAAAGACCAACCCGAUAUGUUCGCGCUUCCCGUGGAAAACCUCCGCAUUCCAGGAGGUCCAACAAUCCCUCCUCCACUGUACUUCGCCGGAUUCGCUGUCUCUGGCACUUGGCUCGUCCAGUGGAGCCGCCGCCAGGGGCUUGCGAUGGAUGGAAUUACGAGGUGUGCCACUCCCAGAUGGCGAGAGAAAGGCUCUAUAGAACCUUUCAUCACUCCCCGCCUUUUCGACUGGCCAACAGGCGACUUUGUGAUUUACUUCACCACGGGGAACGGAGAUCCGCGUGAACUGAAGGUCUUCCAUGAGAACAGGGACGCCAUCCUCGAUCGCUAUCUAUCCCUCAUGAAGUUUCCGCUGCGCGAGAGGAAGAUCAUCAAGACGAAACUGUUCAAGUGGUAUAGGUUGUUGUCGACCGAGCUGCCAGAGCGCCCGAAGCGUUUGCCGAACCGCAUGUGUUUGCAGUUCACAUACUUGUCUCUCCGCGACUACGACUCCGAGGCUGAGGCCGACACUGAAGCGCCCAAGGAGCGUCAGACGCCGGGCCCAGUGGCGUAG